UGUCUUGUCUUUGUAAAUCACAUUUGGAUAAUGUGUUGAUGUUUUAAGAAAAGUAACCACAACUUGGACGUCACUUAGGUUCACUUUGAUGGAUUUCAAUAUCAGGAAAGACAUUUUGACCACCUUAAUAAGUUAUUGAGUAACAGAACUUCAUUUUUCAUUGACCUAAUUUGAUAAGAAACUGUGGGAAGAGAAGAACAGGGUGUGCAUUAAGCACACAGUUGAGAGCAUUUUACCAGUGAGUCUUUGCAGCUGUGACAAAAUGGGGGUAGCUCGUGGAUUACAUUUUCUGACACUUAUCCAGUUUGUACUAUGCUGUAAUUCUGUGAAAAUGCAGUUUUUGAUCGAGCACACCUGGGAUAGCAAUCCUGUGAAUCAUGACCCUAUCCGGAUCAAUUUCUCUGCUGGGCAAGGGGGGCUGAAGAUAGAGAUGUUUGGUCCUUUCUUCAAUGACCCAGAAGGUCCUGCGAGCCCCCCCAGCCAACCCUUCCCUGGACUCUGGGAUUAUGAAGUUGUGGAGUCCUUCUUCCUCGAUAGCACUACAGAAAAUUACCUUGAGGUUGAGUUUUGUCCACGUGGACAGCACCUAAUAUUGUUACUGUCAGGGGUUGGCCAAGCAUUCCAGCAACAACUUCCCAUGAUGUUUAAUGCCACAAUCAACGGGGACAGGUGGAUGGGGGAGGCUCUCCUCCCCUGGUCGUACUUUCCCCCCAAUAUCAACAAGAUGAACUCCUACGCUAUCCAUGGCUCAGGAGAGGAGCGCACAUAUGAGGCUCUCUACCCUAUCCCGAAGGAGGAGAUAGUGGAAGGCCAAAAACCCAACUUCCACCGCCUGGAAUAUUUCAAAAAUUUCCGCCUCCAAAGCAUCAUGGGAGAAGGUUGGGUCCAGCCACAUUCUGAUCUGUGGAUUGGAAAGCCAUGAGCUCUUAAAAAAAGACUCCUUCCUUCCUCUCUCUUGCACCCAAACACACACAUAAACACGCUACGGCGGCAGGCCAAUAUUACAAACAUUGAUUGACGGGGAACAAAGGGCAAUCAAUCUUUAUUAGUAAAUGAUGCCAAACGAUAUGAUGCAAAAUAUGUUAUCAGCCUGUCAGAGCGUAUUAGCCUUCACACAUGUUGGUAGGUACACGCACACAGUCACGCACACAUCCCAAGGUAUUGGACGUCAGCUUAAUUUGCCUCAACAGAGUGCGACCUGCACCACUUAAACUGUGCAUGGUGCAAAUGCUCACUUUGACAUUCUGCUCCUGUGUAGCCUGCGCCUUUCACUCCAGUAAAGUAAUCCACAACAGGUUCUUGUGAUUCCUUGCCCUGACCGUUAACAGACACACACAUACAAAUCCAACACACAGUGAGGUCAAAAUGUCAGUGUGAAAGAUUUUGAAUCAGUCCUUAACUGUAUAAAAGGUUAUUUUGCAUUUCAAUUGCAUUAACAUUCAUUGAUUAGCAUUUGCAAUUAAAAGUGUUUAUCUGCUGG